UGGUGCUGGCAGUAGUUUUAAUCCCCAGGACAGGCAGGGAAUAAAUUCAGGGCACCAAGGUCUCUCGGCAUCCAGGGACCUGCUGUCACAAUGGCUGCAGGAAGACUUCGGAUCCUGUGUCUGCUGCUCCUGUCCUUGCACCCGAGCCUCGGCUGGGUCCUUGAUCUUCAAGAGGCUUCUGUGGCAGAUAAGCUCUCAUUUGGGAAGAUGGCAGAGACUAGAGGGACCUGGACGCCCCAUCAGGGUAACAACCAUGUCCGUCUUCCAAGAGCCUUGGCUGGUUCAUGCCGACUGUGGAGCCUGACCCUACCAGUGGCUGAGCUGGGCCUGGGCUAUGCCUCGGAGGAGAAGGUCAUCUUCCGAUACUGUGCUGGCAGCUGUCCCCAAGAGGCCCAUACCCAGCACAGUCUGGUACUGGCCCGGCUUCGAGGGCGGGGUCGAGCCCAUGGCCGACCCUGCUGCCAGCCCACCAGCUAUGCUGAUGUGACCUUCCUUGAUGAUCAGCACCAUUGGCAGCAGCUGCCUCAGCUCUCAGCUGCAGCUUGUGGCUGUGGUGGCUGAAGGAGGCCAGUCUGGUGUCUCAGAAUCACAAGCAUGAGACAGGCUGGGCUUUGAAAGGCUCAGGUGACAUUACUAGAAAUUUGCAUAGGUAAAGAUAAGAAGGGAAAGGACCAGGGUUUUUUGUUUCUUUCUUUGCUUGCUUGUUAGUUUUUUUUUUUUUUUAAUCAGCAGUGGAUGCAAUAAAUGAUAUUCUCGUGGCCUUAA